CGCGGUCCUGCACACCUCGAACCCAAAACCACCAGCAACACCAAUCCCACUAAAUCCAAUACAAACAACGUCACGAUGAUGGUCAUACAGAGUCCAAAGAAGAGCCCGCGGAAAAAUCAACCAAAAAGUCCCGAAAAGGGGUCCAAGCGAGCCAAACCACCCCCACCGCCGUUUUUCGCGCCCAAGAAUGCCGCCCCCUCGAGCGCGAUCCCGUCUUCGUCUCCCGCCUUUGCGACACCAGCGCACCCGUUAAGGCCGUUUCAACCUCCCGCUCCCGCCAAAGCAGCUGUCCUCCCCAUUAUACUACCCCCUGCCACCCUCCGACCUCUUGCUUUCCGCACAUUUACCAAAAAGCAUGGCCUAACGCUGACGUCCUCGGCGCUCCAAGAACUCGCUACCUUCAUCGGGAGACACUGCGGCUCGGGAUGGAGGGAAGAAGGCUUGGCGGAGAAAGUCCUAGAGGAGGUGGCUCGGACGUGGAAGAACUGCAAUGGGGGGGUCAUUGUGGAAGGAGCCAGCCCUGAGCUGAAGGACAUGCUGAAGACUCUAGAAGGGAACAUGAGCGGCGGCAAGAUAAUGAGUGGACCACGGGGGUUGAGCCGACAAAACAGCUUGAUGCUAGAGCCGACCGAAAACCCGGACCAUUCCAAGACGCGGCUCGGGCUGAGACCAACAGCAACGCUUACACGGGACGACAGCCAGGCCAGCUUUGGCAUGUCGGGCAUCGGUUUUGACGAGGAGCCAGAUGACGAAGGGCUGCAGGAUGUCAGGAGAUGGCUGAAGGUUAUCGGUGCUUUUGAGCAACCCCGGUACGCGUACAACGUCGCCAAGAAGCAUUUCGAGAAAGUUGGUUCCAAACCAUCCCUCCUACCACCGGCCUCCCACAAAACCGACGCUUUCCGAAAUAGGUACAACGUCGUCCACCAACGCCUUCUCCGUAACGAAUCGUUUCAGACGUCGGCAGUAACGAGCGCCAGGACAACUGGUCUGCGUCGAAGCGCAUCCACAACAAUGCAAUCGCACAAGAUAACCCCGAUAGCGAACCUCCUUGGUCGGCAUGGCACGAAUCACAUGCUGCUUGGAAUGCUCGUCAUGUUACCCACGGGCAACCUGGCCAUUAGUGACUUGACCGGAACCAUCACUCUCGAUUUGUCUCACGCAGUCGCCAUCCCGGAGGACUCAGCUUGGUUCACCCCUGGCAUGGUCGUUCUAAUCGACGGUGUUUACGAAGAAGAGGAGGAGUCUAUAGGCAAGGGACUAAGCGGGAGCAGCGGCGUGGGAGGCACCAUCGGGGGGCGCUUUCAGGGGUUCUUUAUCGGACAACCACCAUGCGAGAAGCGGCGAGCGACGCUGGGAGUUAGUGGGUUGGAUGGGGGUCCGGACCACACAAUCGGUGGCGGUUUUGGGUGGAUCGACUUUCUCGGUGUGGGCAGUGAGCGGGCCGUGGGGUCUCGCAUGCGAAAGAUGGAGCAGAGAUUGCUGCGGCAACCAGCGCUGGCCGAUCCAGACAGCCCCGGACGAGGGCGUGUAGUGAUCGUGGGCGAGCUGAACCUCGACGUGCCACGCAGCCUGCAGGCGCUGAAGAAGAUCCUCUCCCUCUACGCCACCGAUCCGGAAGGAUCAACACCCAUGACAUUCGUCCUCGCCGGUAACUUCACUACCCACGCCGUCAUGGCGCGUGGCGGGAGCGGUGGGAGCAUAGAGUACAAAGAGUUCUUUGACGCCCUAGCCUCGACGCUGGCCGACUUCCCCACGCUCUUGUCCACGGCAACCUUCAUCUUCGUCCCGGGCGAUAAUGACGGGUGGGCGUCCGCAUUUUCAGGGGGUUCUGCCGUCCCACUUCCCCGAAACUCCGUCCCAGAGCUGUUCACCUCACGGAUCAAGCGGGUUUUCACCACGGCCAACGCCGAUGCGGGGCUCUCUCCCGCCGAAGGAAAGGGUGGCGAAGCCAUCUGGACCACCAAUCCCAGCCGCCUCUCUCUGUUUGGACCAAACCACGAAAUAGUCCUCUUCCGCGACGACAUAUCCGCUCGCCUCCGCCGCUCCUCAGUCCGCCUCAAAGGCAAAAACCCCACAGCAGCCGAUGCCUCCUCGCAACCCACCCAAACCGAAGACACCACCAUGUCCGGCGCCAACCCCGCCCCCUCCUCCCCACUAGCGCCGGGCCUGGAAGCGAUGGACCUCGACGACGGCACCCCCCAACCGCAGCAGCCCCAACCGCAGCAGCCCCAACCGGGCAACGCCGACGACGAGGCCGCCGCCGCCACCAUCCCGUACGACACGGUGAUCGCGCGCAAGCUGGUCAAGACGCUGCUCGACCAGGGCUACCUCGCGCCGUUCCGGCAGAGCGCGCGGCCCGUGCACUGGGACUACACCACGGCCAUGUACCUGUACCCGCUGCCGACGGCGCUGGUGCUGGUGGACACGACGGCGCCGCCCUUCUGCGUCACCUACGAGGGCUGCCACGUCAUGAACCCGGGAAGCGUCCUCGUCGGCGGCCGCAGGGGCGUGGCCAGGUGGGUGGAGUACGCGGUGGGGGGUGCUGCUAGGGGUGGGAGGGUGAGGGAGUGUACCUUUUGAGUGGGGGGAUUGGUGGGUGAUGUGGUGUUGUGGUGUUGUUGCGGUUGAUGGGAUGGAGAGGUAUCAUGACAUGUGAUGAAUACAACGUUGCUCAGGCACUCGAAUCAACGUAAUAUCCAAACCCAGGGAAUUUCAAGCAGCGUUUAAUGAUCCUGACCUUUCCAUGUAGGUACAUACAGGGUAGGGUGUAUACAGGGUGCAGCUGCAAGCCCUCUCGUAUUUGAAGGGUGCUGUGCGAGGUAAGACGGGUCUCAGCAGGUUCAGUGCUUUUGGGUCUUGGACACGGCAGCACUGCAAUGCUUGAUGCUCGUCCCCGUUCAAGUUUCCGAAUACACGCGUCUGAAGUCACGAGAG